AUGGAACAUUCGAUUGAUUCUCACAUCACACAAUUUCUCACUUCAUUUGGUGCAAACCAAACCAUGACUUCCUGGCCAUGGAUGAAAGGAGUUGAGGUGGCCAUAGCCGACCCAGUUGAACCUGUAUGCACUGAAGAUGAUCGACCAGCAGUGAAGGCGCUGAUCCUAAAGCAUUCUGAGAAGAUUGACAAAAUCAAGACAGCAUUGGAAGAUGAUCCUCUCUACAAUCCCAAGAAGCAUGAUGACUUGUGGAUUCUACGUUUUUGGUUGUCUCACAAGAAGAGCAAGGCUGCCAUUGAAGCUGCCAAGCAUACCUUAGAGUUCAGGAAGAAGUACCAUCUUGAUGAGUUGGAUAUUCGUAAGAUGCCUCCACAGGAGGUAAAGGAUGGCAAAUUGGCAGAAUACAACGCUGCUUGGAAGAGAAAAGAUGGCAUUGUCUGUUACCAUCCCGAUCCAAAACGAGGUGUUAUUGUGUUCAUUGCAGUGGAAGCCCGGGAUCAAAAUGUUCUGGUGGAGAAACUUUCUGAAGAUUAUUGGCUGCCAGCACUUUUGUAUCUUGAUGAAUAUUCUUUCCAGUGCCUUGACUAUGUGACUAGAACAACAGGAAGGCUAACAAAACUCAUCCGAUUUGCAGACUGCAGAGGACUUUCCUUGGGUGGACUCAACAUGGAAUGCACACGCAGAGACGCGCGAUUCAUGGCAUUGAUGGAAGAUUGUUACCCCCAGAUGACUGAAUGCAUAUUUGUCUGCAAUGCACCCACUCUCAUUGGUGUCAUCUGGAAAACAUUUAGUCCGUUUUUCCCAAAACGAGUCAGGUCCAAGUUUGAUAUUGUCUAUCCCAAGGAUAAUGCAAAAGACCACAAGAAGCUUUUGAGGUACAUCUCUGAAGAAAACAUUCCAGACAUUCAUGAAGGAAAGAAUCCUGCGAGCCCAGAAAAAUGCACAUCAGACGAAACUAGCAACAAGAGGGCUGAAGUGUACUGGUGGUGGUGA